AUGAAGAAACUGGAUAUCAAGGCGAACGACGCGUCGGGCUCAAAAGGCCAAUCUAAGAACCCGGCAGGGAAUUCCAUGGCUGCAAAUUGGGCGGCGUACCAGUUUAACCACGGGGGCGGUCGCGAUGCGUCCACCUUUUUGUCAGGAGCCGUCAUCUCGGACAUGCUGAGCCCAGCGGAACGGGAGCUGUUUGCCGAAGUAGAUGAGGAGCUGAAAAGCAUACAGGGAAAACACCAAAACGAGAUUAAAAGUCGCAGGAAGCAAGUGAUGGAUGAUUACGAACCCCGAGGAAAACGCUCUCUGGACGCAAAACAGGCUCACGACCAGGCGCCGACAAAUUUCUUGAUCGGCUGCAUCGACAGCGUGGAGAAGCUGACUGACAUGCUUCUGAACUUGAUCAAAUCAAUCAUCAAGACGUUCAACGGCAUCAUCACGGCGCCCAUCAACGUCCCCAUCUUCUCGUAUCUGUACAAGACGUUCAUCCGGCCGGGGCAUGACCCGACCAUCCUCGACGUGCUGGCAUUGGCCAUAGCCAUACCCGCGACCGUUGUCGCCAAGAUAGUGACGGGCAAGAAGCCGCCGGCAAUCCCCAGGGGCAAGUUUGCUACCAUUAUCAAGAACCUGGCAAGCGGCAAGGCUGUGCCGGGUCCCGAGUUCAACAAGUUCGCCGCAAAUGUCGGCGUGUCGGCGGCCACGAUCGCCAUACUCAUCAGCAUCCCGGAAAGCUUGCUUCCGGUAUCAGCCGAGCUGACUGAUCAGCACGACCAGCUGCUCUUUGUUGGUCAGCCUCGGCCGACGGCCAGCUUGGUGGCCCUCGCGGACCUGGAGGUAUCACAAUGUAAGACGAAAGGCAAGGUGACGCUCGACCACUUCCUCGACCCCUGCAUCUUGAUGUACACGCUGCACAGUGUCUCGCUCGGGGACAAGAAGCCCGGGUAUACGCUGCGGCUCAUCAGUUGGGUCGUGGCCGUGUUCAACUCGACGACCAAUAUCGUGCUGCACUUCAUCACGGCGCUCACAAAGCUGGUGGUGAAUAAAGUGCGUGCCGUCCUCGACGCCAUUCUGCAGGCCGUCAUCUUUGCUCUUUCCGUCGCGGUGAGCGUCUUGGAGAUCAUAACUCCGGAUUGGCCCGGGAAGAAUGAUGGCGACAGCGCGCUCGACAUGGCGAGUUACGUCUUCAUUCUUCUCGGCGCCUGGAGCGGAGCGCUCGAGAGGGUGAUAAAAGGGACGGAUCCGGAGUUGGAGCUCCUUGUCAAAAUUGCAAAGUACGCAUCGUAUGCUGUAGCUGGCAUCAUGGUCGCCACCAAGGUUGGCAUCCAUGUUUCUCAUGGCAAUUGGACCGAUAUCCCGUUUCUGGGAGACGUGUAG